AUGAGCUGUGCAGCCCCAGCUAAGAAACCCUAUCGUAAGGCACCACCUGAACACCGGGAGCUGCGUGUGGAAGCCCCUGGUUCCCGACUUGAGCAGGAGGAACUGCUGACUGAUGCAGAGAGGAUGAAACUCUUGCAGCAGGAGAAUGAGGAGCUUCGCUGGCGCCUGGCCUCAGCCACUAGACGCACUGAGGCCCUGGAGCGUGAGCUGGAAAUUGGGCAGGACUGCCUGGAGCUGGAGCUUGGCCAGAGCCGCGAGGAACUAGACAAGUUUAAGGACAAGUUCCGCAGGCUGCAGAACAGCUACACGGCCUCCCAGCGGACCAACCAGGAGUUGGAGGACAAGCUGCACACACUGGCCUCUCUUAGCCACAGCUGGAUUUUUGCAAUCAAGAAGGCUGAGAUGGAUAAGAAGACGCUAGACUGGGAGAUUGUGGAGCUGACUAACAAGCUGCUGGAUGCCAAGAACACCAUUAACAAGCUGGAGGAGCUCAAUGAGCGGUACCGGCUGGACUGCAACCUGGCUGUGCAACUCCUUAAGUGCAACAAGUCCCACUUCCGAAACCACAAGCUUGCUGAUUUGCCCUGUGAGCUACAGGACAUGGUUCAGAAGCACUUGCACAGUGGUCAAGAGGCUGCCAGCCCAAGCCCUGCCUCCAGCCUGACUCCAGGAGCAGUGGUGCCCACUUCCGUCAUCGCCCGUGUGUUGGAGAAGCCAGAGUCUCUAUUGCUUAACUCAGCCCAGUCAGGCAGUGCUGGGCAUCCCUUGGCUGAGGACGUCUUCGUGCAUGUGGACAUGAGUGGGGAUGCCCCCGGUGACUCAGCCAGUCCCCCAGUCCCUGGUAGCCCCGCUCCACAGCCCAAUGGGGACUGCCGAUCUCUGGGCACUGCUGGGGGUCCCCCAGAGGAGGAGCUGCCCUUGCCAGCCUUUGAAAAGUUGAGCCCCUACCCCACCCCAUCCCCACCAUACCCGCUUUAUCCUGGCCGCAAGGUCAUAGAGUUCUCUGAGGAUAAAGUGCGGAUCCCCCGCAACAGUCCCCUGCCCAACUGCACGUAUGCCACCCGCCAGGCCAUUUCCCUGAGCCUGGUGGAGGAGGGGAGUGAGCGAGCCCACCCCAGCCCAGUCUCCAGCAGCCCUGCCUCAGCCCAGACUUCACCCCAUCAUCAGGCCAGCCCUGCCCCAGCAGUGCUCAGUGCGCCUGCCAGCUCAGCUAGCUCUGAGGAGGACCUGCUGGCCAGUUGGCAGCGGGCGUUUGUGGACCGUACCCCACCACCCGCCGCUGUGGUUCAGCGCACUGCUUUUGGGAGGGAUGUGCUCCCUGAGCUGCAGCGCCAUUUUGCCCUGAGCCCCACUGACAGAGAUGAUGCAGCUCAGGCACCUUCAUUAUCUGGUGAGAGUGGGCUUUUACUGCCAACAGAACCUGAUUCUGGCUUUCCCAGGGAGGAGGAAAUGCUGAACCUGCCAAUCAGCCCCGAGGAGGAGCGCCAGAGCCUAUUGCCUGAUGAUAGUGGCCCAGAGGAGGGGCCUAGCACUUUGCACAUGGAAGGCAGGGCCUGGCCACUCACCAACUCUAGUCGUCCCCAGCGCAGCCCUAAGAGGAUGGGGGUUCACCACCUACACCGCAAAGACAGCUUGACCCUAGCUCAGGAGCAGGGCAACCUGCUCAAUUAG